UUUUUUGACUGAUAUUCAAGAAAAAAGUAUUCUAGAAAAGUUCAUAGAAUUAGACGAAAUCGUCUUCUUGGAAGAAAUGAUCAAGGAAUACUCGGAGACAUAUCUACAAAAGUUUCUUAUAGGAAUCCACAAAGAAACGAUCCAAUUAAUCAAGAUACACAACGAGGAUCGUAUCCAUACAAUUUUACACUUCUCGACAAAUAUAAUCUGUUUUGUUAUUCUAAGUUGUUAUUCGAUUUUAGGUAAUGAAGAACUUAUUAUUCUUAACUCUUGGGCUCAGGAAUUCCUAUAUAACUUAAGUGAUACAGUAAAAGCCUUUUCAAUUCUGUUAUUAACCGAUUUAUGUAUCGGAUUUCAUUCACCCCACGGCUGGGAACUAAUGAUUGGUUCUGUGUACAAAGAUUUUGGAUUUGGUCAUAAUGAUCAAAUUAUAUCUGGUCUUGUUUCCACUUUUCCGGUUAUUCUCGAUACUCUUUUUAAAUAUUGGAUUUUUCGUUAUUUAAAUCGUGUAUCUCCAUCACUUGUAGUUAUUUACCAUUCAAUGAAUGAUUGAUAAAUCAUCAACCAAUAUUAAUCCAAUUAGAACGUUUCCUACUUUGUAGUUCUACAUAAGUAUUAAAAACAUUCUAUCCGGGUGGUUUUCAGACUAUUUUUAUACGUUAUACUAUAGUAUUCCAGUAAAAUGAUUCCAAUAAAUAGCAGAAUCGUGGAUAGGAAACUAUACUAGCGACCUACCCAACUUAUUGUAGAAAUUUUCAGACCAAUGAUUAGACCAUGCAAACUAGAAAUACUUUUUCUUGGAUAAAGGAACAUAUUACUCCAUUUAUUUCCGUACCGCUCAUGAUAUAUAUCAUAGCUCGGGCACCCGUUUCAAGUGCAUAUCCGAUUUUUGCACAGCAGGGUUAUGAAAAUCCACGAGAAGCGACUGGGCGUAUUGUAUGUGCCAAUUGUCAUUUAGCUAAUAAGCCCGUGGAUAUUGAGGUUCCACAAACAGUACUUCCCGAUACUGUAUUUGAAGCAGUUGUUCGAAUUCCUUAUGAUAAGCAAGUGAAACAAGUCCUUGCUAAUGGUAAGAAAGGGGGUUUGAAUGUGGGGGCUGUUCUUAUUUUACCGGAGGGGUUUGAAUUAGCUCCUUCCGAUCGUAUUUCUCCCGAAAUGAAAGAAAAGGUAGGAAAUUUGUCUUUUCAGAGCUACCGCCCUAAUAAAAAAAAUAUUCUUGUAAUAGGGCCUGUCCCCGGCCAGAAAUAUAGUGAAAUCACCUUUCCUAUUCUUUCCCCCGACCCCGCUACUAAGAAAGAUGUUCACUUCUUAAAAUAUCCUAUAUAUGUAGGAGGAAAUAGGGGAAGGGGUCAGAUUUAUCCCGACGGAAGCAAGAGUAACAAUACAGUUUAUAAUGCUACAGGGGCGGGUAUAGUAAGCAAAAUCAUACGAAAAGAAAAAGGGGGAUAUGAAAUAAUCAUAACAGAUCCAUCGGAUGGACGUCAAGUGGUUGAUAUUAUCCCUCCAGGACCAGAAGUUCUUGUUUCAGAGGGUGAAUCCAUCAAAUUGGAUCAACCAUUAACGAGUAAUCCUAAUGUGGGUGGAUUUGGUCAGGGGGAUGCCGAAAUAGUACUUCAAGAUCCAUUACGUGUCCAAGGCCUUUUGGUCUUCUUGGCAUCUGUUAUUUUGGCACAAAUAUUUUUAGUUCUUAAAAAGAAACAGUUCGAGAAGGUUCAAUUGGCCGAAAUGAAUUUCUAGACUCGCGGAU